AUGUAUUGUUUAAAAGCCCAUGUGAUAAACGAGUCCUUAAAUAUCGCACUGAAAUUAUCGAUUAAGGGAGAAGCUAAUGUUAGCUGGGAAAGAACAAGCUCUACUAAGGAUUCCCAAGGACAUGAUCAUACCGAAAUUGAUCAUUUCCGAGCAAGCGAACAGUAUUUUAAUCUAACUUAUUACCUAUUAGGAAAUACAGGCAAUGGGGAAGUGCGGAUGCCAGCGGGAUUUCAUAAAUAUUUUAAUUUCUCAUUACCAUAUAAUAUACCAUGCAGCUUCGAACAACCACACGGUCACAUCAGAUACACGAUGAAAGCCGUUAUCGAUAGACCAUGGAGAUUCGAUCAUGAAAGCAAAAUUGCGUUUACCGUAGUUUCGUCUUACGACUUGAACGCUCACAGUCAACAAUGUAUCGGUGUAGACGAUGAAAUAAACGAAAAUUUUUGCUGUUUCUGCUGUCUCAACAUGAACUCAAUGAAGAUACGCAUCAAGAUACCGACUACAGGGUUUGUUCCGGGACAAUCGAUAGAGACUAUAGUCAACUUCAAUAAUGCCAGCAGUAUCAAUGUGACAAAGAUCUGCGUUAAAUUGGAACGGUCUUUAGAAUUUCAUGCAAAAUUACCGUAUCAUACGACUAAAACAGAGAAAGCAAUUGUAAAAUCCGAACAAAGUAUGGGACCAUUCGGUCAACAAGCCGAUAUUAUCUCACGAUUACAAGUUCCGCCAAUACCACCCUCUCAAUUGGAAUAUUGCAGUAUAAUAGAUCUAAAAUAUGCCUUACGUAUCACAAUCCACGUCUCUGGAAUGCAUUGCAAUAUCACCAAAAUUUAUCCGAUUUUAAUUGGAACAAUUCCAUUACGUUCUACUAUUUCAUCCGCAUCCUAUAUGCAAACCGUGCAACAGCCUACAGCUCCUGUAAUGGAAUAUGAUGAUCCACCACCGCCAAUGCCGACGUCUCCAGACUAUGCACCACCAAAUGUGCCCUACUCUCAAGCGAUAGGUUUUGCCUCUCCGAAUCAACCUAGCACUUCAACUAACCCAUGGGACAUACCGCCGCCAUCAUAUGAAGAAUGUAUGCAAAGAGCCGACAGCAUCAAAGAUGAAGACGAUUCUAAUUACGUGCAUGGUGCCAACGAACCCUAUGCACCAAGAUAUCCAGUCUUUAAUUUCGCAACACCACAUCCACCUGAAAAAUGAGCAAAACUGAAAUAUAAAUAUCCUGAAUGAAAAUAUCCUGAAAAAUUAGCAAAGACGAGGUGCAACACAUUUAAACACGUAACACCGAUUAAAUUAUUUUUAUUCGACGCAUUUACGAUAACAAAGAAAUAAGUAUGUCAGAAAAUCAAAAAGACUCUGUAUAUAAUUGCUAUUACCUCAUAUAAUAUCUUAUGCGAAAUAUUGUAUGUAAUUCAAUUUUUUUAAAUGUGAAUUGAUCACAUAUACAUAUUUUUAUACUCUAUUAUAUUCUGCUUAUACAAUUAUAAAUAUAUCAUACAGUGUUUUAUGCAAUGACUUAUGAAAUGACUUAUUAUAUACAAUAAAAAAUAUAAUUUUGAGAUAUA